CUCCAUUUUUAGCUUCAUUUACUCUGUUUUAAGUUCUCAUACUACAUCUCUAAGACUUUGACAACAUAGAUUCAAAGGUGUAACUUGAUGAGUGACUGUAUUUUGUUUCCAAGCAUUGCACCUAAGGAUUUAUUUAGUUCUUUGUUCAUUUUAGGUAAAAGGUUUUCAGGAUUGAAUGCUUGAGACUGAAGUAUUUGUCUAGGUUCAUUAGGGUGUCCUUGUUUCAGUAACAAGAGUUACUUUACAUUGCUAUUUUGACAUUUUUGUGCUUCAUGUUUGUAGAUACAACUAAAUAGACAUGCAAGGCUCUAUAGUACUAAACUUCAAUCUAGAUUAGGCCAGUAUUGUAUAUAUCUUUGUUCAGAGUAUUAACAAGAUCUCAUACAUAACAUGGAUUAUACUGAUUUUCUCUAUAUAGGAUCUAAAGCAGAAAUUAUAGAUCCUAAAAAUUUUCACUGUGUAGAGUUUGGACCACCAUUGUUCUACUCGAAAGAUUGAGUUUGUGAAAGACAUCUUUGGAAAUGAGAUACGUAGAAGACAAAGGGUGCUAUAACAAUCAUGGACCAACACAAGAGAUCCCAAAUAACAGUGCUGUGUAUUCAGAGUUUCACAAAGGAAAGGACGCUACUACUCGUAUCCCCCACCACCAUCGAACAACUAUGGGAAAACCAACCCCUUCUAAGUGGGAUGAUGCACAAAAGUGGCUUGUGGGACUGUCAAAAGGAGGAGAGAAAAGUCACUCCAAAAACAGACCAAGAAACUCAAACGCAGAUGAUUUGAGACUGAUAGCUCCUGUGCCACAGAAGGAGCAUGAUUACUCAAGUAGUGAGAAGGAAGAGGAAGACAAUGAUGCAUCUCAUGAUUUGGUGACUACUUCUAGUGCCAAUGCCAUUGCUGCUCAAUAUGAAGCUGAUGCCAAAAGGGUAGAAUGUGACGACUCAAAUUGGAGAAACAGUAUUAAGCCUUCAGAAAACACAAUCCAGGUCCAAUCAAUAUGUUUCAGAGACAUGGGAACUGAGAUGACACCAAUUGCUAGUCAAGAGCCUUCAAGAACUGGUACCCCAAUUAGAGCCACAACUCCUGCAACUAGAAGCCCUAUUCAUUCAGGGACCUCAACCCCAAUGAGGGGUCAAAACGGGUUGCAAGUUGUUGAGGUUGACCGUAACACUGCUAGGCACACUGCAGAAGGAUCAACAAGCCCCUGCAAGAGGAUUGAAGAUCAAGCUAGAAAGUUGAGUCCUCUAGAAAGUCGAGCAAUGGCUUGGGAUGAGGCAGAACGUGCCAAAUACAUGGCCAGGUUCAAGCGUGAAGAGGUGAAGAUUCAAGCCUGGGAAAAUCACCAGAUUAGAAAAGCUGAAAUGGAGAUGAAGAAAAUGGAGGUGAAAGCUGAGAGAAUGAAAGCUUUGGCACAAGAAAGGUUUGCAAAUAAACUGGCUUCGACUAAGAGGGUAGCUGAAGAGAAACGGGCAAAUGCACAGGUGAAGCUGAAUGACAAGGCUUUGAGGACUACCGAAAGGGUAGAGUAUAUACGUCGAACAGGACAUGUGCCAUCUUCUUUCUCUUUCAACUUUAAGUUGCCUUCCAUGUGUUGGUAGCAAUUUUGCAAUUUUGCAACUGUUUGUCCGAAAUAUGAAACUUUUCCUGUCUAUCCCAUCACAAUUUCAUGUGCUACUUCUAAAAUAAUAUUGCAAGUUCCAUGCUGUUUUCUUCC